AUGGUGGAGGUCCAGACACCGCUUGUCCCAGCACCGUCCCCAGGGGUCCUCCCCCCACCUGAACCUGAGGAGGACUCUGAGCUUUUUAUUCUGGACCUGAGGAAUUUCCCAGAGCUGGCCAAUGCAGACAUGGGCUCACAGAACCCCAACAUCCAGAUGAUAGCAGAGCCCAGUCCUGGCGACAGUCAUCAAACUCUCCAGGAGCUCCAGCAGGAGAACCUGCUGAAGACUUUUCCCUCUGGUCCGUCUCUCCCCAGGUCCAGACACCGCUUGUCCCAGCACCGUCCCCAGGGCGUCCUCCCCCCACCUGAACCUGAGGAGGACUCUGAGCUUUUUAUUCUGGACCUGAGGAAUUUCCCAGAGCUGGCCAAUGCAGACAUGGGCUCACAGAACCCCAACAUCCAGGUGACCAUCGAGGUUGUAGGUGACACACAGACUGACACAGAGUUGGAGAUGGACCUGGUCAAGGAGGGUCAGCGCAACAACUGGUCAGUGUCAUCCUCAGAAUGGGCCAACAGCCACAAGAAGCUGUUCUGGCCACUGUUCUGGAAGUACCCAGAGCAGGUGGAGAACAGGCCGGAAAGAGCCAGUUUGGAUGAACAAUCUGAAGACUACAACUAUGACCCAGAGGAGCCCGUUUUGAGUGGAGUGGGGGGAGACUGGGGUGGUCACUGGAACAAAGACUGGGAUGCAAAAGAUAAAUACGAAUACGAGGAGUGGAGUGACUGGGCUCCCUGCAGCGUCACCUGUGGACACGGCACCCAGAAACGCACCCGGUCCUGUGCCUACGCAUGCACAGCGACCGAGUCACGCACGUGUGACCUGGAGAACUGUGCCAACGCUGCCAUUUCAGUGACCGAGCUCACACCCAUCCAGACGACCAACAGCACAGACACCAACGUAGACAGCUGUGAGAAGUGGCUAAGCUGCAAGAAUGACUUCCUCCAGAACUACCUGCACCAAGUGCUGACAGAGCUCCCCAGCUGCCCAUGCUCCUACCCCUCUGAGGCUGUUUACAGUGCACUCAACAUCCAGGAUGGCAAACUUUGCAAGACCUAUCGCUGGAGGGACGCGAGCGGACCCAAAGAGCGCCUGGACAUCUACAAACCUUCCGCCAGAUUCUGCAUCCGCUCAAUGCUGUCGUAUGACAGCACAACGUUGGCAGCACAGCACUGCUGCUACGAUGAUCAGAUGAGACUUCUAACGCGAGGGAAAGGAGCAGGAGCACCAAAUUUGAUCAGUACAGAGUUCUCACCAGAGCUGCAUUACAAAGUGGAUGUCCUGCCCUGGAUCCUGUGCAAGGGAGACUGGAGUCGGUUUCACUCAGUAAGACCGCCCAACAAUGGGCUGGACUGUGUGGAUAACCCCCCUGAACAAGCGUUUCAGAUGGAACUUAAAGAGGCCAGGGAGUACUGACUGUGUGGGGUUGUGGAGUCACAACAAGAAGGGAUGAUAACAUAGAGACAUCAAUGGUAGCUUGUCAUUCAAAUCCCCAUUUCUCUUGUUUAUCGUCUCCAAUCUGCACAAGCACAGAAAAACUGAACUACAAUGUUAAUGCAGCGUUUCUGUGGUCAUGCAGGAACUCCUGCCAGCUGAAGUACUGUGGUGCAGUUGCAAGCUUUGUUGUUGAAAUCUCAUGGCCUCCUGCAUCAACUGACACUUGGCUGGUUAUCUUUGAAUGAUGUGAAAAUAUGAAUGGAGAAACAUGUACAAUCAUUUUAUACUCAUAUGUAGACUGUCUGUUCACAGAAACUAUAAUGAAAUAACAAUGAAAAUCAGUACUGAAGUGUUGUAAAGCAUGUUCUAUUGCAGGGGUCGGAACCUUUUUGGCAUGGAGAACCAUAAAAGCCAAAUAUUUUUAAAUGUAUUUCCUUGAGAGCCAUAUAUUUAAUAAAAUUGAGUUUUAAGUACAACACGUCUCCGAGUGCUAAAAGUACUAUCAGUGUUAACCCCCCCCCCCAAUGG